AUGGAGCGUAAUGGAGUUGAGAGUUCAAAUAAUUUUCACAUAGCCAUGUUCCCAUUCUUUUUAAUAGGACACAUGAUUCCUUUCCUCCACCUCUCUAAUGAGCUGGCUAUUAGAGGCCAUAGAAUCUCUUUCUUAAUGCCCAAAAAAGCUCGAAUUCAGCUACAACAUCUUAAUCUUCACCCAGACCUAAUCACAUUUUGUCCCAUCACUGUCCCUCACAUUGAAGGCCUCUAUGAGGGCAUUGAGUUUGCCUCUGAGGUCUCGACAACUUUGAUCCAUUUGGUCUAUGUUGCUGUGGAUCAAAACUGUAAGCAAAUCCAAGAAAUCCUAAAAGCCAGUGUCCUCGACCAGAAGAUCGACAUGAUUUUCUACUACUUUGUUCAUUGGGUACCAGAAUUCACAUGGAAACUUGGGGUUGGGAUCAAAUCUAUUUACUACAACACUACAGCUGCAGCUGUGCAUGCAUUCUCUAUUGUGCCGGCACGAAAUUACAGCCCUAGCCUUACUGGUACUAUCAUCAAGGAGCAACUACGCGACCUACCUUCUGGAUACCAAUCACAACAUGUGGUGCUGCUUCCUGGUUGUGAAAUUCACUCCAUAGAUAUUGAAGGUCAUUUAUACGAUUACCUGACUGCACAACACAAAAGGCCUAUGCUUUUAAUUGGACUAGUAUAUGGGUUGGAAGACUCAAACAAGAAUAGCCCACCUUUAGAAGACAUGUGGGCUAACUGGCUUGGUGGGUUUGAGGAAGCAGGGUCGGUGGUGUUUUGUGCAUUUGAGAGUCAGUUGAUCCUUGAUAAGGAUCAAUUCCAAGAGCUUGUGUUGGGGUUUGAGCUAACUGGGUUGCCUUUUUUUGUGGUUCUCAAACGACCUGCGGCCUAUGCAACAAUUAAAGAGGCAUUGCCAGACAGGUUUGAAGAGAGGGUGAAAGGGAGAGGGGUGGUUUUUUGGGGUUGGGUGUAG